AUGUCCUCAAGUUUCCGGCCACCAUCUUCCAUUGGGGCAGCUCGUGGCAUGAGGAUCGUCGUGGCCACUCCUGUGAAUGAAGGGAAGCAGGUUGACAUGGAGUUUGCGGAUGGCAGCGCCUAUCGCUUUCACACCGCUUGGAUCAAAGAUUCCCAUCCAAAUCUCACAGGGAAAGACUACUACAGAAAUUCCGCAUCAACGGUUUUUGAAACCGAUCAAUACAUGGUGGAUAAUGUGCAAACUGCUUCCAAUGGCUCGAUGAUUUCAGUGAACUUCAAGAAUCACCUUGAUGAGAAUGCAGUGACGGAGGAAUACCCAUCUGCUUGGUUGCAUGCUUUCGCGCCUUAUGUAGGCAGUCCUCUCAACCAGAAGUCAAAACCAAAACUCAACGGGUCCGGGCUGCCCGGCACUGGAUCUCUUUUGGAUGACAUGUACAAGAACAGAAAGCCUUGGGAUUCAAGUUUGCAGAUGCCAAGAUUCUGUGGGCAAGAAUUGCUGAAAGAUGAAGGCAUGCAAGUCAAGUUCUUGGAAGCCAUGAUGGAUCCAGGUGUUGCUGUGAUCACAGAUGUGGGCAAGCCCAAAAGUUUUGAGCACAAGGAUUGUGGCCAGCCACUUGAGGACUUUAUGUUCAAUGUUCUGGGGCGGCCAAAUCAGCAUCCAGUACGUGCGACACGCUUCGGUGUGAUCCAUACACAAGCACGUGGUGAGCAAGCUGGUGCUGACUAUGACCAGAAGAACCCGCUCUCAAUGCACACAGAUCACUCUGUGUAUCAUGGCACUCCUGGUUACUUGCAGUUCAUGUACCAAGCCCGUGGUUCGGUGAAAUCCAAAGUUUGCGACGGCUUGGCUUUGGCCGAGUAUCUUCGGGAGCAUCAUCCAAAGGACUUUGAAAUGCUCUCUCACAUCAACAUGACUCACGCCACAAGAAACAGCAUCUAUGCCAAGAAUGGUGAGUACCGCCGAGACUCAAAUGCAGAGGGAUUCAGUUUCGAGCUAGUUCACACUCACCCGGUGUUGACCAUGGAUGAAGAUGGCAAAUUGCUCAAGGUGGUGCAGUCAGAGACCAAACGUGGUGUCUCGGCUCUUCCUUUUGAGUCAUAUGAGCGAUACAUGAAUGCUUACAAGAGAUGGGCUUCUUUGUGCGAGGAAGACAGAUUCAAAUGUACAUUCGAUUGGCCAGAGCAUUCGAUGGUUGCAAUCAACAACUGGCGCGUUUUGCAUGGCCGUGCGGAGGUUUCUGAGGGGCAGCAGCGAACGAUGGUGUUUGCGUACGUGAUGAAGACCAUCUACGAGAAUCGCCACCGCCUCCUCAAGCAACGGCAGGCUGAGAAGAAGAACCCUGAGCUGAACGACAAGUGGCUCACCCGCCUGCCAAAUCAAGUCCUGACCUCCUUGGUGAAUUGA